ACCAGGUGGUGCAGCUGUUUGCUAGAGUGGAGAGAGAGAUUGGUCCGAUCCAUGUGUUGGUUUUCAACAUCGGAGCUAACGUGAAGUUCGAUGUGGUCGACACAACGUCGAGAGUCUAUUACAAGGUUUGGGAGAUGGCAUGCCUGGCAGGCUUCCUCACCUCUCGUGAGGCUGCGCAAAGGAUGCUUCCUAGAAACCACGGCACUAUCAUUUUCACCGGCGCGACUGCAAGCGUUCGCGGCGCUGCAGGGUUUUCUGCCUUUGCGGGAGCUAAGCACGCGCUAAGAGCUCUAGCUCAAUGCCUAGCUAAGGAAUUAGGUCCUCAGGGAAUACAUGUUUGCCAUGUGGUGAUUGAUGGGGCUGUUGACACGCCAUGGGCAAGGGAGAAUUUUCCAGAUAUGGUUAAGGCGAAGGAGAAGGUGGAGGGGUUGGUGCGGCCUGAUGACGUGGCGGAGCUGUAUUGGUUGCUGCACAUGCAGAAGAGGAGUGGCUGGACGUUUGAGGUGGACAUGAGGCCGUGGAAGGAGAAAUGUCGCGCUUUGCGUUGGGAAGACAAUAGUGACCAAGUUAGCCCAGCAGCACCAUACUAUAGCAAACAGCAACAACAGACGGACAGCGCGACGAGUCAGACAAGCUGGGCUAAAGACCAAAUUCAGCAGGAAACAUCGGCCACGCGCUACGAACCACCUACUACCCCUUAUUCGCUCAUGGCGCGUCGCGUUUCUCCCUGGGGAUUGCCUUUGGCUCUGCUCGCGCUUUUCGCGGCGCAGCUUCCGCGGCUGCGCGCCGAGGACGACGGCAGCUCUCGCCAGUACGAUGGGAAGACCGGCGCGAAGAAGCUUAUAGCGGAGAUGAAGAAGAAAGGCUACAACACUGCGGUGUCGCUUUUCGAAUCGACAGAGGCAAUGAGCUACUACCGCCUCACCGUUCUCGCGCCCACAGACGAGGCCUUUGCCAAGCUCCCUGAGAGCGUGACCAAGCGGCUGCCCGGUCUUUUAAGGCGACUCAAAAGUCAAGCUCCCCGAGAGCGUGACCAAGGGGCUGAGCAAGGGCCGUGGUCUCACCGUUCCUCGCCCUGCUGCCAUGCCCUAAUUCCCCGUUCCCCUCUAUUGGCCCCAGGAAAUCGCCAAGGAGCUUCCAGAAGCGAUGAGGUGCUACCGCCUCACCGCCUCUUCCUGGCCCCACUCGCUGUCACUGCCCCCUGUUCCCUUCCAGGUAUCGCCAAGGAGCUUCCAGAGGCAAUGAGUUAUUACCGACUCACCGUUCUCGCACCCACCGACGAGGCCUUUGCCAAGCUCCCUGAGAGCGUUACCAAAGGGCUGGCCCCCCUCUUGAGACGCCUCAAAAGCCAAGCUCCCCGAGAGCGUGACCAAGGGGCUGCCCCCUCUCUCGCCUUCUUUCCAACACUUCGCAUCGCCAAGGAGCUUCCAGAGGCGAUGAGUUACUACCGCCUCACCGUCCUCGCACCCACAGAAGAGGCAGACCACACUCACGCCAUUUGCGCUGCUCCCCCCUGUUCUUUUCCAGGUAUUGCUAAGGAGCUUCCAGAAGCUCUCAGCUACUACCGCCUCACCGUCCUCGCACCCACAGACGAGGCAGACCACACUCACGCCAUUUGCGCUGCUCCCCCCUGUUCUUUUCCAGGUAUUGCUAAGGAGCCUCCAGAAGCUCUCAGCUACUACCGCCUCACCGUCCUCGCACCCACAGACGAGGCAGACCACACUCACGCCAUUUGCGCUGCUCCCCCCUGUUCUUUUCCAGGUAUUGCUAAGGAGCCUCCAGAAGCUCUCAGCUACUACCGCCUCACCGUCCUCGCACCCACAGACGAGGCAGACCACACUCACGCCAUUUGCGCUGCUCCCCCCUGUUCUUUUCCAGGUAUUGCUAAGGAGCUUCCAGAAGCUCUCAGCUACUACCGCCUCACCGUCCUCGCACCCACAGACGAGGCAGACCACACUCACGCCAUUUGCGCUGCUCCCCCCUGUUCUUUUCCAGGUAUUGCUAAGGAGCUUCCAGAAGCUCUCAGCUACUACCGCCUCACCGUCCUCGCACCCACAGACGAGGCCUUCGCCAAUCUCCCUGAGAUCGUGACCAAGCGGCUGAGCAAGGCGGCAUCACGGGAUAUCACGAUGCUGCAUAUUGUGAAAGGGAGGAAGGAUGCCGCUACUCUCAUUCGAAUGCAGAGGGAGCACGAGUGGCGAACUCCCUCUAAGAACGGAGAAGCAGGGCUCUUUAAAGCCACAGAGGCGAAAGUCAAGCCGGUCAAACUGCACGCAGAGGGCGGCAAGAACGUGACUAUAACGAAGCCGGACUCGGUGCUGCUGACAAUCUCCGCCGUCCACGGCAUCGACAGGGUCAUCAUUCCGGGCGGCAGCUGA